GCGUUCACUGAAACCAAAGCAACAGUCAGACGGAGCUUUCAGAAUGACAGUACGCAGAAGUGAGCAGAGCUUGUUCAUUGCACGGGCUUAUUCCACCUUCUUUGCUACAAAGCAGCUUCCUAGCCGGAUCGGGUACUAAGUAGGGGAACUGCUGUGCUAUGGAAUACAGAUGUGUGAAUUCAGAUAGCUAAACGGUGCUUGGAGGAAUGUAACAUGCUUUCCUAUAAAGAGAAAAUUUAAAAGCCAGGUUCCUAACUAUAAAGAUGCAAAAACGUAAUAUCCAUGAAGAUCCUAUUACCUAGGAAGAAUUUGACAUUUUGCUGCGAAUGCUGUGUUGGGAUUGAUUUAUUCUUGGAGUGUUCUGCAUGGCUGGCAAAGAAUAAUGUUCCAAAAUCGGUCCAUCUCCCAAGGGGUCCAAUUUUUCUUCCUGGGUGUCAGCGAGCCCUGACUCACUACAGUGCAGCUGACAGGGGCUGCCAUGCUUGUGGCACACUAAGCAAAAAACAAAAGACCUAAGGACGACCUUUGAACAACACAAAGGAUGGGUUUCAAUGUAAUUAGGCUACUGAGCGGAUCAGCUGUAGCUCUGGUAAUAGCCCCUACUGUAUUACUGACAAUGCUUUCUUCUGCUGAACGAGGAUGCCCUAAGGGCUGUAGGUGUGAAGGCAAAAUGGUAUAUUGUGAAUCUCAGAAAUUGCAGGAGAUUCCCUCAAGUAUAUCUGCUGGUUGUUUAGGUUUGUCCCUUCGAUAUAACAGCCUCCAAAAACUAAAAUACAAUCAAUUUAAAGGUCUUAAUCAACUCACCUGGCUCUAUUUAGACCAUAACCACAUCAGCAAUAUUGACGAAAAUGCUUUCAAUGGAAUACGCAGACUAAAAGAGUUGAUCUUGAGUUCCAACAGAAUCUCCUAUUUUCUUAAUAAUACCUUCAGACCUGUGACAAAUCUCCGGAAUUUGGAUCUGUCAUACAAUCAGCUGCAGUCUCUGGGAUCUGAACAGUUCAGGGGCUUAAGGAAGCUUCUGAGUUUACAUUUGCGGUCCAAUUCCCUAAGAACCAUCCCUGUUCGAAUAUUUCAAGAUUGCAGGAACCUUGAACUGUUGGACCUGGGUUAUAAUCGCAUCCGAAGUUUAGCAAGAAAUGUCUUUGCAGGCAUGAUCAGACUGAAAGAGCUUCAUCUGGAGCACAAUCAAUUUUCUAAGCUCAACCUGGCACUUUUUCCAAGGCUAGUCAGCCUUCAAAACCUUUAUUUACAGUGGAAUAAAAUCAGUGUGAUAGGACAAACUAUGUCCUGGACCUGGAGCUCAUUACAAAGACUUGAUUUAUCUGGCAAUGAAAUAGAAGCUUUCAGUGGACCUAGUGUUUUUCAGUGUGUGCCCAAUUUACAGCGCCUCAACCUGGAUUCAAACAAGCUCACAUUUAUUGGUCAAGAAAUUUUGGACUCUUGGAUAUCCCUCAAUGACAUCAGCCUUGCUGGGAAUAUAUGGGAAUGCAGCAGAAACAUUUGCUCUCUGGUAAACUGGCUUAAAAGUUUUAAAGGGCUGAGGGAAAAUACAAUUAUUUGUGCCAGCCCCAAAGAACUGCAGGGGGUGAAUGUUGUCGAUGCAGUGAAAAACUACAGCAUCUGUGGAAAAAGUACCACGGAAAGGUUUGAACUAGCGCGAGCUCUCCCAAAGCCAACGUUUAAACCAAAACUCACCAGGCCUAAACAUGACAGCAAGCCCACCCUGCCCCCAACUAUUGGAGCCACUGAAUCAAGCUCUGAACCUGAGCAUGACACAGAACACAUCUCCUUCCAUAAAAUCAUUGCAGGGAGCGUGGCCCUUUUCUUGUCUGUGCUUGUGAUCCUGCUGGUAAUAUAUGUGUCAUGGAAGCGUUACCCAGCCAGUAUGAAGCAGCUGCAGCAGCGCUCUCUCAUGCGAAGGCACAGGAAAAAGAAAAGACAGUCACUGAAGCAAAUGACUCCAAGCACACAGGAAUUUUAUGUAGAUUACAAACCUACCAACACUGAAACCAGUGAGAUGCUGCUGAAUGGAGCAGGACCCUGCACGUAUAACAAAUCAGGCUCCAGGGAAUGCGAGAUUCCGCUGGCUAUGAAUGUGUCAACAUUUCUUGCCUAUGACCAGCCCACGAUAAGCUACUGUGGAGUACAUCACGAACUGCUUGCUCACAAGGCUUACGACUCGAAUGCCCGGGAAGAAACAGUGGAAACACACCUAGAAACUGAUCUGGAUCUGAGCACAAUAACAACAGCAGCACGAAUCAAGGAACACAGUCAGCAGCUGGCUUAACUGAUGGGGUUUUUUUUGGUGGUAGUGGUGGUUUGUUUUUUGUUUUUUCCUGUAGCAGAGGCUGCAACCAAAUUCAAUGUAACACUACUGACAGAAAUGAGAAGACGUAAUAAUAUGGAUUCUAGGAUCCCUGUUCAAUUUUAAAAGGAACCACAAAGAUUAAUUGUUUCACGUCUACAAUUUGUAAUUAGUUAAGUUGUGCAGUAUUUUUUGACUUCAGAGUAUGACCCUUGAAGUGAAUCUUUUUUCAAAACUCAUCCUACCUACCUGUAUAAACUGUACAGAUGUAAUGUAUUUUUCAUAUUGUAAAGUUUCAAUUACCAAGAACAGCUGGUAUGUACAGUACCAUAAUUUAAUUACAUCUUACAAGUUUCAGUUUCUAAAGUUUUAAAUUAACAAAAGUUACUUCUUGUGUUAUUCAGUUACUCUGUUUUGUAGGGAUCAUUUUGUUACUGCUUUUGUGCCCAGAAAACUUUAAUCUAAGAUUCUGUCCUUUGCAGAAUAUGCACCAUUUUUACCACGUUUAAAGUGUAGAAUUUUAUCUACUUGUUCCAGAAGUAAUAUAUUAACCAAAAGGAGGGUUUAAGUACUCAGACUU